AUGAAAGCCUUCUUAUUGCUAUUCAUUGUCAUUUCAUUAUCUUAUGCUGAGGAAGUAACAAAAUCAACAGAAAAGAAUGGGGAUUUGGGGAUACCAAUUGUUUGCGGUAUUUGCAAAUCAGUGGUAAGUCACCUUGAAGAACUUUUACUUGGUGGGGCUUAUGAUAAAGCUUCUGAAUACAUCCAAACACUUUGCGCAAAGGCGGACGGAGUUAUUGAAAAAAUCUGCACAAAAAUAUUCGACUAUGGACUUGAUGACUUCUUACAAUUGAUUUUACAGAAGGCUGGCGCGAGAAUUGUGUGCACUUUGGUUCUGCUUUGUUAA